AUGCCCAGCCCUACUGUCGCGAAUCAGCAAGGCGGCACACUGCACCCUGCGCUUCUUGGCCUCACUUGGCUCGAUGGGUCGUCCCUUCUGGGCUCGGCGGCGACCUUCCCAGCGGCCAGCCAGUCAGAGGCCGUCCUGGGAGCACGUUGCGAGCUGGACCGGCUCAGAUGUCUUCGCCGAGCGGCGGGAGCUCGAGGCGCGGUGAACAGUCAACAUGUCGACCGCACGCCAACGGGUGGGUUUCGCAGGAAGCCAAGAGCGAGCAGCGAGGAGUCGCGUGCCGUGUUGCUUGAUCGAGAGGCAUUUUCUGUCCAUGCCUCGGCCAAGCGGGCGACCGAGCGGCAGAAGGAGCACCAGCGCACGCGAUCAGUUGCCCGUCGUGGCCCGCGACAGGGAAAGAGCACACGAGCACUUGCCAAAUCUGCCCGCCUCCAACUUGGCGCUCCCACAACAUCCAAUUAGCGAAACCCCACCUUCCCCAAAAUUAUGGCUUUCCAGUUGGCUUGCCGCUUGAUCGUUUUGUUUUCCCUCCCAAAACUCGAGGCAGCACGAUCACCCGCCGCCACCGAGGACCACACAAAUCAAAGUCGACGGGCAAUAAUCGCUCGUCAAGUGAGCAAGUGAUUCCUAA